AUGUCUUCACUGGAAAUUUCUGCAGAGAUUGCUCAUGCUAGAUUCGAUGACCUCGUCAAACAAGGCAGACUGCUCUAUGGGCCAAGUACCAGUGAGAUAGUCGAUGGAGAAGCAAUCAAGGUCGAGUUUCGAAUCUGCAACAGUUUGCAAAAGAAACCUAUCCUACCCGCAGACUCUGAGGCUCGAAAAGGUCUAGGAGGGCCAUUUUUAAACCCAGAUCCAGACUUUGUUGUCGCCUAUGUUAAUCCCCACCAUGUGCUUGAACUGAAUAUGUACUCUGUUUACCGGCCGCAAUUUGUUUUACAUACGAAGCACUUUGCACCUCAGACAGACGACCUUGAUGUAACUGAUUUUACCGCUGCAUUGACCGUUAUGAGCUCGUUGGAACACCAAGGGCCUCAGAUGAUGAUUUACAACUGCGGUGUUAACUCAGGUUCUUCGCAAGGACAUAAACACAUGCAAGUGUUUGAGAAGCCUGAACCAUUCCCUUUAUUUCCCGACUCUGCAGCUUCGACUAAAGAGAUUGCAAGCAACAUUGCGGGAGUUCCAUACCAGCAUUUUGUUCUACGUCUUCCAGAAAAUCCAAACCCGGACAGCAUAUACAAGGACUAUCAACGGCUACUUGCGGAGAGUGUUAAGAAUAACAAAGCCACUUCCUUUGGUUUGGACUACAACAUUGCAAUGACCAAAGAAUGGCUCUGCCUGAUACCCCGGCGUCACGGACGUGAGGCCAAUUCUGUGGCUAAUAAAGGUGCUAAUGCGGCAGGUAUGUUAGGUGUUAUAUGGGUUGCAAGCCAGGAGGAGAGAGAUAGUUGGGAUGAACUAGGGAUAACUCGCUACCUAACAUACCUGGGAUCACCGCUAAAAGCUAUAGACCUAUAG